UCUCUCUACUAUCUCGUAGUGUGCAGAUUACCAAAAACAUGGCAGGUGAAAAGCGCAUUUCUUUGAUACAAACUCCUGAUGAUGAUGAAGCAGGCUCAGACAAGAUCAUUAAAUUUGAUGAUACUGACGAGUUACCUCUCAUUGCACCAAUCUUUUCCUCCUAUAACGACCGAAUCCGCCCCGUGCUCGACGCCGUCGACAGGCUCCGAAACCUCGCCGUUAUGGACGAAGGAAUCGAGCUUCCCACCAUCGUCGUCGUCGGUGACCAGUCCUCCGGCAAGUCAUCUGUGCUCGAAUCACUCGCUCGUAUCAGCCUACCUCGCGGCCAAGGCAUAUGCACAAGGGUCCCCCUCAUAAUCAGACUCCAAAACCAGACAAACCCUCAUCAUGAUCCCGAGCUUUACUUGCAGUACAACAAUGGUGAAGUUGUUCACGUCAAAGAAGAGAAUACAUCUGAAGCUAUCAAUCUGGCAACAGAGACCCUUGCCGGAGAUGGGAAAGGAAUAUCUAAGACCCCUUUGACUCUGGUGGUGAAAAAGAAAGGGGUUCCGGAUUUGACAAUGGUUGAUCUCCCUGGGAUUACUAGAGUCCCUGUUCAUGGUCAGCCUGACAAUAUCUUCGACCAGAUCAAAGAUAUCAUAAUGGAGUAUAUUCAGCCUGAAGCUAGCAUCAUACUCAAUGUGUUGCAAGCAACACAUGACUUUUCCACUUGUGAGUCAAUUCGAAUGUCGCAUAGCGUUGACCGAACAGGGGAGAGGACCCUGGCUGUGGUCACCAAGUCUGAUAAGGCUCCAGAAGGGCUGUUGGAGAAGAUAACUGCCAAUGAUGUUAACAUUGGACUUGGUUAUGUUUGUGUUAGGAAUAGAGUUGGUGAUGAAUCCUAUGAAGAAGCUCGGUACAGGGAAGCUACGCUUUUUCAGACACACUCCGAGCUUUCCAAGAUCGAUAAAUCGAUGGUGGGCAUUCCUGUUUUGGCUCAGAAACUCAUGCAGAUUCAAGCCAAGAGCAUAGCUAGAAACUUACCUGACAUUGUCGUGAAGAUCAAUGAUAAGUUGAAUCACAAUCUUGUGGAGAUCAAAAAGCUCCCCAAGGUUAUGAAGUCGGUGGCUGAGGCCAUGACAACUGUCAUGAGGAUCAUUGGGGUGGUCAAAGAGACACUGAGGAAGAUUCUGUUGAGAGGAGAAUAUGAUGAGUACCCAGAUGAGAAGAAUAUGCAUUGUAGAGCUAGGUUGGUUGAGAUGCUCAAUAGUUUCUCAGAUGAGCUUAUGAAUUGUCCUGGAAGUGAUCGAACCCGGAACUUCUUAAUGGAUGAGAUCAAGCAUUUGGAGGAAGCCAAGGAGAUUGCUCUCCCAAAUUUCCUUCCCAGGACAGUUUUUCUGGCUCUACUACGAGAAAAGGUAAAAGGGGUUUCAAGUGUUCCUAUAGCUUUUGUGGGAAAGCUAUGGGAUUACGUAGAAGAGGUGGUGAUCACUGUUCUUGUAAGCCGUGUUGAAGACUAUCACCAGCUUCAGCUCUCCACUAGAAUAGCAGGGCUUAAUCUGAUAGAGAAGAUGAAAGAGAGAUCUCUGAAUUGGGUUAUGGAGGCUGUGGAAAUGGAAAAGAUCACUGAUUAUACUUGCAACCCGGAAUUUGUAUCGGAAUGGAACAAAUUCAUGGCUCAGAGGGACACGUUCAUGUCAGUUGUGAAUAGCGUUGGUAGCAUAAAUAUUGAAGGGUUUGGUUCGGUUGAGGUGGUCAAUGCAAAGCCGUUUCCUCAACAUUUGCAUGAUGCUUAUGACUUGAGGAUGAGAAUGGCUGCGUAUUGGAGAAUUGUGCUGAGAAGGUUGGUGGACUCCAUGGCUCUGCAUAUGCAGCUGAGUGUUCAUAAGCUUGUGAAUGAGGAGUUGGAGAAGGAGAUUGUGAAUGAGUUAAUGGCUCCACAUAAUGGAAAUGGGUUGGAGAGAUUGAUGGAGGAAUCGCCUUCUGUUGCUUCAAAGCGAGCCAAGCUAGCGUCGAGUAUUAAGAAGCUCAAGGAGUGCAAGGAGAUUUUGGCCACAAUCAUGAACCGAAUUGCUACUUCCAAAGGUGGUUAAUAAUAAUGAGAGAAUAUUUAUAUAUAUGUAUAUAUAUUUAUAUAUAAGUGCAAUCUUACUAGCCGUGUGGAUGGUUACUAUAAUAUAUAUAUAUAUAUAUAUUUAUAUAGUAGCAGUGUUUUAGUUUGGCUGUUUGGGGUGGAUCAUUUGAUUCAUCUUAUCAACUAAGUUAAAAGUGAUAUGAGUGUAUGUGUGUUUUAAUUUGUUUUUUUUAAUGAAAUAAUGUUAUGGUAAUUUUAAUUAUCUAUAAAAUUAAGGUGAGGGAGAA